CCGCGGCCGUGCUGGCGCGGCCUGCCGGGUGACCCAGGGAUAGCAUUUCUCCGGAGCUGCUGCCCCCGCCUGGGGGCAUGGGCGCAACCACGCCAGAUGGACGAGAAGACCAAGAAAGCCGAGGAGAUGGCCCUGAGACUCACCCGAGCAGUGGCAGGCGGGGAUGAACACGUGGCAGUGCAGUGUGCCAUCUGGCUGGCAGAGCAACGGGUGCCCCUGAGUGUGCAACUGAAGCCUGAGGUCUCCCCAACACAGGACAUCAGGCUGUGGGUGAGUGUGGAGGAUGCUCAGAUGCACACAGUCACCAUCUGGCUCACAGUGCGUCCGGACAUGACAGUGGCUUCCCUCAAGGACAUGGUAUUCCUGGACUACGGCUUUCCACCCGUCCUACAGCAGUGGGUCAUUGGGCAGCGGCUGGCCCGGGACCAGGAAACCCUGCACUCCCAUGGGGUGCGGCGGAAUGGGGACAGCGCCUACCUCUACCUGCUGUCAGCCUGCAACACCUCACUUAACCCUCAGGAGCUGCAGCGGGAGAGGCAGUUGCGGAUGCUGGAAGACCCUGACCCGCCCCGCGGCCCCGCCCCGUGUGCCCAGCGGAAGCAGCAGCAGCAGGAGGGAAACUACCUGCAACACGUCCAGCUGGAUCAGAGGAGCCUGGUGCUGAACACCGAGCCCACCGAGUGCCCCGUGUGCUACUUGGUGCUGGCGCCCGGCGAUGCCGUGGUGCUGCGUGAGUGUCUGCACGCCUUCUGCAGGGAGUGUCUGCAGGGCACCAUCCGCAACAGCCAGGAGGCCGAGGUCUCCUGCCCCUUCAUUGACAACACGUACUCGUGCUCGGGCAAGCUGCUGGAGAGGGAGAUCCGGGCGCUGCUGCCCCCCGAGGAUUACCAGCGAUUUCUGGACCUGGGCGUCUCCAUCGCGGAAAACCGCAGUGCCUUCAGCUACCACUGCAAGACCCCGGACUGUAAGGGAUGGUGCUUCUUUGAGGAUGAUGUCAACGAGUUUACCUGCCCAGUGUGCUUCCACGUCAACUGCCUGCUGUGUAAGGCCAUCCACGAGCAGAUGAACUGCAAGGAUUACCAGGACGACCUGGCCCUGCGGGCUCAGAACGAUGUGGCCGCCAGGCAGACAACAGAGAUGCUCAGGUCCAUGCUGCAGCAGGGCGAGGCCAUGCACUGCCCACAGUGCCGCAUCGUGGUGCAGAAGAAGGACGGCUGUGACUGGAUCCGCUGCACCGUCUGCCACACCGAAAUCUGCUGGGUCACCAAGGGCCCACGCUGGGGGCCUGGGGGCCCAGGAGACACCAGUGGGGGCUGCCGUUGCCGGGUGAAUGGGAUUCCUUGCCACCCCAGCUGUCAGAACUGCCACUAGCUGAGGAUGGUCCCGUCCCCACGCUGACCCAGCCCCCCAUCCAUCCCCAUGCUGCUGUGGGACAGGGCUGGUGCUUUGGCUCUCAUUUGUGGCCUGGGAGAUGCCCGUUGUGCUUGGCUGAGACGGAGGCCUUGUGGAGACCAAGGCCCCUAAGCUACGUGGAUGGCUUUGUUUGCAAGGGAUGUUGCAGCCUGAGCUCCCAGUGCGUGUUGUCCCUGGCUGCAUCUGCCCCAGUGCCUUUGCCCUCCCUCUGGGGCUUGCUGGCCAGACCUCUCAGCUCUUCUCUGUGGCUCUUCGGAACUCUGCCUGACCCAGACUUAAACACGGCCCUGGCCAGAGGUCUUGCAGGAUGGAAUCUCUGAGAGCCUCGUGUGAGUCCACACUCGCUUCCACCAGCCUCGUCUGCUGAACACGUGUAGCCCACCGCUUUGCCAGCGGCGUUGUGGGGCCGGCUUUUCCCUGCCUUUGCGGUCAGAGGCCUGGGGCCUCUUAUAGAACUGCUGCUAGUCCUGUUCAGAGCCCCGAGAGAGACCUGGCGGUUUCCAAAGCACAGCCCAUCAGGUUCAUCGU